CGUUUAUGGCGCUUUCGUCUUUGAGCCAAGCGCCGCAGUAACCACUUCUGUCUCCAUCAUCUCUGGAUCUUGACGUGCGACAGGCUGCUGGAGAGUCUGGGUCAACGAGGAGAAAACCCUCUACACCACCGCCUCUAGAAAGGGAAGCCCCCACGCGUUGCUCGCCUGGAUCUCUGGGGUACACUGUAGAGUACGCGGUGCGCACGUGCAUGCGCGGGGGACUUUAAGUGUGGGUUUGUGUGUGUUCGUGCACGACAAAAAGCUCCAGGCUUCGUCUCCAACAGUUGCCACCGCGGAGAGAGGAGGUGGAGGAGAGAGGCUGCAGACUGAGAACGGACGGACGCGGAGCCCCAUGCCGCUCCGCCCGGCUCUGCUCCUGACAUGCAGUCGCUCAUCUCUCCGGUGACCAAGGCCAUCCUAGUAGCGCUCUUCAUCUUUGCCAUCCUCUUGAUCCUCUAUGUGAUCCUCUGGUACAUUUGCAGAGACGUGGACUGCGACCACGGCAUCUGAGGAUUCCGUUAAAACGAGAGUAACUGGAUUACAACAGAGGAGCCCUCAGAGUCAUGUCUCACCCUUGAUGCCCAGACAAGAUGGCAAGGUCGCCAUAGUGACAGGAGGAGGCAGGGGAAUUGGCUAUGAGGUAGUCCGCCACUUGGCCAGACUGGGGACUCAUGUUAUCAUAGGUGGGAGGGAUGAGCAGGAGGGUCUUGCUGCUGUCAGAAGGAUUUGUGAAGAGCACAAGGAGGCCAAAGUGGAGUUCAGGAAAUUGGACCUCGCCUCUUUGCAGUCUGUUCGUCAGUUUACCAAGAGCUUCAAGGAGAGGGACCUGCCACUAAAUAUUUUGAUUAAUAAUGCGGGUGUGAUGCUCCUGCCUGAGGGGCGUACGGACGACGGAUUUGAGCUGCACUUUGGUGUGAACUAUCUUGGCCAUUUUCUGCUGACCUGGCUGCUGCUGGACACCCUGAAGGAUUCUGGGAAGUGUGGUGACAACUCUUCCGUGGUCAGCGUUUCGUCGUCAGCCCAUGGCAUCGGGGAGAUCAGACUAAAUGAUCUGAACUGCCGCCAACAUUAUUCAGCUCAUGCUGCAUAUUGUAAUAGUAAGCUGGCCCAGCUGUUAUUCAGCUCCCACCUCCAUCAGGAGCUGCAGCUUGGAGGCUUUCCAGUGAUUUCAUGCGCUGUGGAUCCUGGCAUGGUGGACACGGCUCUGUAUCACCAUCUCUGGACACCUCUCCGUAUGGCACAAAGUCUAAUCGCCCGCCUUCUUUUUAGGACUCCUGCAGAGGGUGCUGCCACAGUUCUGUCAGCUGCUCUGUCACCAGCCCUGAAUGGGGACUGCGGAGGAGGCUACUGGGCAAAUGGGCGCAGAGAGAUGACCACACCGCCAUCGUUCAACCCCCAGCUUCAACGAGGCUUAUGGGAAGUCAGCAUCCAGUUGCUGGGCUUACAGUAGCAGGUGACUUUGAGAUGACCAAUAGGACUAAAACCGUUUGAAAACAUCAUGUAAAGACUUCAAACUUGGGUCCACUUUCAUCUUCAAGAUUUUUGACCUUCUUAAAGCUCGCAACAAAGUGUUGCACCGGACCCAUUGGUUGUAGAGGGUCGGACAAGCUACCGUUUGCUCCAGCCAUUGCAUUGAAGGGCUACAGGGGGGUGGAAGGCAGUUCAAUUUUCUUUGAGCAAGCAAACAAUACAUACAAAAUAAAUAAUAAAAUAAAAACGAUAUGUCAGUCACAGAGAAGGAGGCAGCUGCUGUCCUUUAGUCACAAAUCAGAAAGAAGUUUGUGACUUGCGGCUGAAUCCCAAGUUUAGUCAGUAAAUGUGGUCCACACUGAAAUCCGUAGUCGCAUUCUUGCUUCAAUCACUUGAAUGUCAUUAGGCGGGCUUUAGGAAAAAUACUUCAAAAUGUUUUUUACGAAGCAAUAACUUAAUCAGAUAUCCAAAUUUGGGCUUUACAGAUCAACCAAAUCACGUGAAAUUCAAAAUAAAUGUGUUGAUUUUAACCCAAACAUUCAAAUAGCAAGAUAAAAUAAGCUCCAGUCUAUACUGCUGUUGCUGUUUGCAACACACAUGGUGACACAUCAUUCAGUCAUUUCCUUCAUUCCAUCCAGCCUGUUUUACUUUAAGCACUUUAUUUAGUCUUUCUUCUACUUUUAUUGCACAUUUAUUGUGAAGACAUUUAGGACCUAUAGGAGGAUCUAUGAAGACACGCCCCUAUAUAAGUGGGCUUAGCUAUGAGAUUAUGUCAUCAUCUCAAGGGCAAUGAAACAUUUGGGCUUAUUUCUGGGAAUUUGUAAAAACCCUGGAAUAUGCAGGUGCAUCUGGAGGCUUCCAUCUGCUAAUAAACAGAAAGGAAAGCCAGAGGAACUAUUCUCUUUUUUCUGUGGCCAUUUCUCUUCUCUUCUGUGAAAACUUCUGUUACUGUCUGGGCGUUGAUGCACACGAGUCAAGAAUUAACUCACACGAGCCCCAGAUUAAACGGGAAAGCACUUUCUUUAUAGCCUGCAAACUGUGACUGGUUACUCAUCGCUGCAGCUAAUGCUGCUUCCUCAUUUGGCACCUCUCCCAGUGCAUUGUGGGAUUGAGAUAUCCCAGUGGUGAGAUUCAGACGCUAUCUGCUAAGCUGACACACCACACACAAAAUGCUGGAAGCAGUACAUCCAGGAAAAGGCUUAUCCAAACAGCAAACAAACAUGUCUGUCUCUCGUGGAGGGGCACGCACACACACACACACACACACACACACACACAAGUUCAAAAUGCGCCAUAACGCCUUUUCCACUGUGACUGAUGCAUUUUAGCGCUGAAGAUCAAAUGUUUUUUGGAAUUUGACAUGUUGAAGCUAUGUUUUGGCCAAUGAGCAUCCAGCCUUUGUCAUUAUUUGCUGUAUAUGAAGCAAUAGUAUCACUGUGUUCACUAAUUUAGCUGUCAGAAGAGUGUGAAAUGAUAUACCAGCCUCAAGUUACCCAGGAGUCAAAAAUUUGUUUGUCUCUCUUUGUUUAUUAAUGUUCAUUUGAAUAAUUUUAGAUUGUUUGAUUCAAAGUUGUUAAGCCUGUUCAUCAGCGGGGUUCGGUUCAUCAUUGGGAUGCAACUCACAAAAACUCUCAAGGCUCAUCUGAACCAUCUAUUCUUUUGUAAAUGAGGAUUACUCUGAAUUCAGAGGCGACACAUGCUGGCCUUCCUUGUCAGAGCAAAAAUCUGGAGUUUUUCUCAGAGGACACCAUCUAGAGGUGGAAAAUGUAUUGCAUCUUAAGCCCCUCCCCCUACUUCCACGAUUAUGUCCGGAAUGCGCACCUCUAGCCUGCCAACAGAGCUAAAACACAUCAUUUUACAAUUAUUAUUCUCACGUUACGUUGUUUAUUCAUAAAUAUAUUUUAAAGGUGUGGUUGACUGAGUAAACAUUUUAAAAUGAUUCUUUCUAGUUCUAAUCGGUCACUCUGAGACUUUCAUGCAGGCUGAACAUGGAAACGCUCUUCGACACCCAUCUCCUGCGUUAGCUACUGAUAGAAAACAGAUGGUCCUGCUGUUUUCAGUCCACCUCUGCACCUAGAAAAAUCUGCAUCUCAGAGCAAGAGCAUGGCUUUUUUUUAAAAUGACUAAUAAGGCAUUGAUAUACACCAGAGAACACUGCAAAUGUAUUGAUUGUCCAUAAGAAACGUCGCCAACUCUGCAUCCGUUAAGGUACUUCCGCAAAUGCUCGUGCACGCUCUGCGAUUGGCAUUCGCACAUAAGCGGGUAUCCAAAGCCUGGGUCACGCCACGCCCAUGCAGUCAUUUUAAAAAGAAGCCAUUCUAGUUACUGAGAGCGGCUACAUGUGGAGCGCAGCGCCACGUCCCAGAACACCGGUCCGUGUCACUCCGCCGAAGAUAGGCACUCGUUCUGUUUCUGUGGUGCAGCUGUUAAUGACAUUGUGGGCUACUUUACAACAUGUACUACGACGUGAAACGGCACUACAGCACAAACCUACCCGCCAAAACACGGACGAGGAGCUUAUGAAUGCUACUUGACUAUAGUAUUGAUAAGUUUAAAGUACUAUUGAUCUUAAAAUAUUGUACUAAACAGCAUACUUAUCCAUUUUGAAGCCUCACAAAACACGACGGGAGGUCUGAUCACAUAAAAACAAAAAAGUCACUUCCUGUUCUCAAGUCCCACGUGAUGUUGUGACUAUAGAGCGAUUUUCCAAGAACCGCUCAGCGGCAGAGCGAGUCCUGUGUAACCAUUUGGCUUCCUAACACCGGUGCAUCGGUCUUCUGUUCCCUGGGCUUAGCUCUAUUGGCUAAAGCUGAGUCGAGGUCAAUUCAAAAUGCAUGGGGCUCUACGGGGCGGGGGCGGGCUUAGAAAAAAAAAUCACAUAUUGCCUGCAUUAUAUCACAGUACAGGCUAAGUCCAUCGCUUUUAAGGAUUUCUAAAAAAAAAAAAACAUCAUAAUUCCUGAAAGGGGAAACUGGAUUGCUGCUCUAACUUGUAAGGACAGCUGAGGUCAGAGAUUUGGGAUUUAUUACCUUUUUGUAGGGAUUCCUCCAAUGAAUUCUGUAGGAAUUUAAAUUCUGAAUGAGAAACUUUGGCUAAGAUGAACAUGGUGAUACAUACCGUAUAUAGAAAUAGACAAACCUGCUUAGUUACAAAACAGAAAUGCAAGCAGUUCAGAUAAAUUAUUUUUUUACUUGAUAAUUUGAGUGAAAUUAGUUAGCUGGUUAGUUUUUUUGUUAAUGUGAAUGGUAUUUUUCCAAUUAAGGGCACGGGAUUGUUUCUGUUAACUGGGAAACAAAUGAAGCUCAGAAGACUUCUGAUAUCACCAUCAGCUUUAGUUUCUGAACAAACUGGGACAUUUAGACUUUUCAUUUAAAGCAAACAAUCCAUUAGUUGGAUGUUUUCUUAGAUUUGUGUGAGCUGACUCUUAAAUGCCAGCAAUAUUUUUCAGUUUUAAUGACUGAGUUUUGUUUUCUGCUUUUUUCAUUGUUUCCACCAUAUUCAAAUAGUGUGUGUGUGUGUGUGUUUGCUUCUCUGUUUGAGCCUGUCUCCCUUAAGCUACUGUAAGUUACUAAGUAAAUAACAAGCUACCAAUUAUAUUCCCAGUCAAACAAAUGUGCUCGUUUCCUGUGACACUAAAUGAAAACACCAGUUUACUGUUCAGCAAGGCGAAGUGUGUGCUACAUCCUGUCAAGAGCUGCUUGUUUUUUCUCAGUCCAGCUGCUGAAGUGGGAGUGUUUGAACAAAAGGAGACCAAGAGAACUCGCAUUUGUGCACAAGGUUAUCCAAAGACAGGGCGUUCUUGUUGCAUUAGCAUGCAGACGUGUUCUACUCAGACGGGAUUACGCGUUGAACUUUCUGAACUCGAACUGCAAAAUCCAGUAAAAGAGCUAAACGGCUCGAUCAGCUGUCAGUGAUGUUGUCUUAAUGUGAUUAACCUGUUCGUUUUGAAGCAUCAACGGAGACCAGUGGAGAUGUAUGUACACUGAAUUUGCUUUAGUAGCCAUUCCUCUUGACUGACUUGGGAUUACAUUUAUAUUAAAUGUGCCAGUCCCGUGUUCUGCAAAACCGCAAAUGUGUGUAUAUACAUGAAGAGCUGAUGAGAAACUAUGUACAGAGGCGACCUGAUGACCUGAGUCCUUAUGGUACGAUUCCAGUUCAAAGGAAUAAAAAGGUAUAUUUUGAUGCAUUCGAAGCGCACGCUGUCGAGUCUACGGGUGAUAAAAAUAACCUUUCCACAGAUCCACUGUAAAUACUCAGUCCAUCAGAGCCUCUGAGUAAAAUGUUUUCAUAUUUUCCUGUUGGUACAAAUGCACAUCUGACUGCUUUUGCUGUGCCUAAGAAGAAAAUCUCCCUCAUCUAUGUGACUGUGAACUUUCUUCAUGUAAAAAUCAACACGUAGGAACUGUGGUGCCGUCGGGUCUUGUGUAAUGUUGUGUUUUCUCAUAAGAAUGGUUCGAUUCCGAGUGUGUGUGCGCGUGUUUUAGGUAAUGAGUUUGAUGUCUAUGUUUUCUGUAACAUUCCAGCAACGGCUACCACCUUUUUUUUUUACUAUCCAAAGCCUCUCAAUAAACAUAUCAUUGUGCCACUU